AUGACGGACAUACUGAGGCUGGUGUCAGAGGCGGACAGACGGACUUCACCUACUCUCUCUAAGCUGUCUGAAAACGAUAUCAACGGUAUCUGGGCUGAUGUGUCCGCUUAUAUUGAACGUCAGAUGACCUUACAGAAGGGGGUUCAGCUGGCAGGACUUGGCACCUUCACCUUCUCUCAGCAGAAGUUGGACAUCGGAAACAGGUUCACAAUGAUCCAAAGACCCAUCUUCAUCCUUGCAGGCAAACUAAUCCAGUCCCUGGGUUUAAAGCAGGGCAGGCCACUGGCUGCAGCAACACACAUACCUGUGGUGCAGCUAAAUUUUGCAGCAGUGUCACAGGAGACUCCCUUCAGUCGAGACGUGGUGGAGGGCUGUGUCAGAGAAACUCUUCUGCUGCUCUACAAAGCUUUGGCCACUGAACAAAAUAUCUUCCUCACCUUACAGGGGAUUGGAGUUUUGUCCUUUAAGAACAGCAAGGUGCAGAUGAAGUUCAACAGAGAUUUUAUUAACUCCAUGGAUGGGACUGGAAGGCUGCUGUUAGCCUUUACUAAAAGACCUGGGAGCAGCGUGUCUUUACUGUCUAGUGGACCGUCCAGGCUUCACAAGCCACGGCCUGCCAACCCCAUCACCCUGCCAAGUGUCUGCUCUCCUCCACCAGACAACAGAGCCAGUGACAAAGAUCCUCGGUGCUCGUCACCAGCCCCAGACCAGAGGAAUGCAGGAGAAGUUCCCCAACAGAGAGAACCUAAAUCCUAUCAGCCACUACAGCCCGCCAAGUUGAAAGCUGUCACCCCAUCUGAAGAACCGAAUCCAAAACCCCCAACAGAGGCUGCAAACAAGCCUACCACCUCCAUCUCACCACCAGAGGUCUCUCUUGUACCGGAGGAACCUCAUGUGACUCUCAGCUGCUCUGGCCACACCCGGGCUGGACAGGAGCUGUGUUACGUUUGUAUGCAGCGGGCCAAGAGAAAUGUUCCUGUGUACCUGAGGAGGCAGCAGGAGGCCGAGGAGAAAGCCCAGGAGAAACUCUUACUGCUUCAAGAACAACAUAGAGACAAACAGUUCAUGAAGGAAGAGCAGGAAAAGUUGAAUGAGCAGCGUCAGCAUGCAAAGCAGGUGGCUACAUUCAACCUGCAAAUGAAUGAACAGAAGAAGGAGAAGACUCUCUUUCCUCACUUCCCUACUUCAUUUAUCUUCCCAUCCCGGCCCCUCACUCCUGCCAGGAGGACCCAACAGCAUCGCUACAUGAGCGACCUGCAGAGUCAGAUAGAGAGCCGACGACAACAUGAGGCUCAGGACCAGCAGAACCGUCUCCUCAUGGAGCAUCUCGACCAGCUUCAGCUGGUCCAGGAACUAGCUUUGCAGAAGGCUCAGCAGCUGCAGCAGAAACAUGAGAGAACCACCAACUACAAGAAGGCUCUAGACACUCAGAUGAGUGAUAAAAAGAGCACGGACCUUCCACAGUGCCAGUCUGACAGCUCAGCAAUCCCCCGCUGUGAGACAGCAGUCUGCAACGCCGAGAGCCGGGAACGGGCACAGAAGGUUUUUCAGGUAAAUUUCAACACCGCCACACAGAAGAAAACAGAAGACCAACACAAACGCCUUGAACAGCUGGAGAAAGAAAAAGAAAUGCUCAAACACAACAAAACGGAGUUAACGCUGAGUCGCAUCAAUCGCUUUGAGAAGCAGCGGGACAUCAGUAAAUCUUUAGAGGACGAGUGGAGUCGCAGUGUGAAGCUCAAACACCAACGAGAAGAAGAGGAGAAACGCUUCCUGAGGUCUGCUGGUGAGCUCCUGGUAGAUAAGCUGUCACAGUACAGACGCUGCUGUCAGUGUAAGAGGAAGACGACAAACUACGGCGAGACCAACAUCUGGAAAGACUCUCAUUAUCUCUCAGGCUCUCAGUUCAUGAUCUGAUGAACGACGUGGACAACAGCAGCAUGUAAACCCCAA